CACAGGUUGUAGCUCAAACUUCUCCCUGGUUGCUUUGAGCUGAUGGGUUUCUCCUUAUCAGAUGAUUUGUGAAAGUGUAAUCGAGAUAAACUUAUUGCAGCAAAUUAGAGUAGAGAGAUUUAGGCUUCGUUGUCUUUGAUUUGUGGAGAUUUGCUGUGUAAAUAAAUAACCCUGAUUUUCCCCAUCAGCUUUUAAAGAGUACUGAUUGACAUUAUCCUCCCAAGAUUUUGGUUUCAACUUUACAUGUAAAGGUGCACCUAUUUCAUGUUGUCUUCCAAUUCAUGGAAUUUCCCUGAAUGCAGGAGGCAAGGCAACCUGAUUGCAUGCAAGUGAAGUGAACAAUGUAGAUGAAAAGCAUGACAAAUCUUUGAACAAGAAUCUCUCAGAUAAGUUUACAAGAAAAUUAUUCACUUGAGGAUACCCUGAUCGACACAAGUGGGAAUUAUGCCCAUUAGGCUGGCUGGCUGUCUGUUAAGAUGGAUGAUGGGAUAUGGGUGGGUAAUCACAAAGCACCUGAUACUAGAUACCCCUCAAAUUCAGAAGAAAGCUUCCCAUAAAGCUUGAAAAAAGGAAUAAAACAUGAGAUGGCUUUUCAAUCCAAGUAACUUUGACGCUCUCAGCAUUAUAUGCCGCCUCAGUCAUUGUUGUAGCUUUCAAUCUUCUCUUCUACUCCCUUCAAUGGCUUCCGUCCCUCAUUUCUAUUCCGGCUAUCCCUUUUCCGAUGAAUUUUCCAAUUUUCCAAACACCCUUCAGCUCGUGCAAGAAAAUUACGGUGGUUCAUGGGGUGAGGAGAAUCUUCCGUUGUUCUUGGAUAAUGGAGGGUUUGAUGUUCUUCAAGCACCGAAAUAUAAUGUCACGUCCCCGGUCCCUGCAACACUGGUGCCGGAGAUAAUUGGAAUGUCAGACUUGGCUGUUCCUGUUGCAUUACCUGACAAUAACAUUGUUGACCGUCGCCUCUGCGGUGACAUUGGUGGUAUUCCGAAUACUGUUGUCAGUACAUACCCGUUAUCACCUGAAUCAAUGGAGUUUGGAGAGGAAUGCCAAGGUUUCUUACAAGAUUUCAAGCCAGUUCAUGAUCGUCCAGUUUCUUCAGAAACUUGGGGGGGAAUUGAUUAUAAGUGCAAUCGAGUUCCAGUUAUUGAAGAUAACAGUCUAAAGAUUGGUCGUUACUCAGUAGAAGAAAGGAAGGAUAGAAUUCUGAGAUACUUGAAGAAAAGAAACCAAAGGAACUUUAAUAAGACUAUUAAGUAUGCCUGCCGCAAAACCCUUGCUGAUCGGAGAGUUAGAAUCCGGGGAAGAUUUGCGAGGAACGCUGAGCUAUGUGAAGGAGAAAUGGUAAUGAAGAAGGAAGGCCACACUCAACACAAUGAGAAAGAUUUAUGCUAUGGUACUAAUGUUGUCCAGAUGAAAGAGGAUGAGGAAGACUGCUGGCUCCAAGAGGCUAUGGCGAAUCUCAUGUAUUUGCCUUAUAUAUCUGGGUGAUAGAGAGAACAUUAGCAUACUAAUGAGAAUCCCUCGGAGGAUUUUUGAAGGAAAUAUAUGGGAAUAUUUUGACUAGUCUUUGCUUUGUACGAGAGAGGUGGUUCUCUUCAUAACAGCUAAUUCCUUUCAAUCAACUUUAUUUGAUGCCCAAAUCAGUUUUUUGCCUUCAAAAAAUCUUCCGUCUUUGCUUAACUUCUCAGUCUCAUGUAUAUGUCCCUCCCGUGUGGUUCUAAUUCUUUAUCUUUCUUUUCACAUGAGCCGCCGCAACAUGUCUCCUUUCUUCAUCUGUUUUCCUUGUGCCGAGGAUAUAACUUUCUU